AUGGGAAUAAUGGUCUCCGUUUGGAGCGAUGUACUUGAACGAUUUAAUGUAACUAGUAAGAAACUUCAAGAAGUAAAAAUUGAUUUGAAAACUGUUUUAUCGUUAUAUAACUCCUUAAUCAAGUACUCAGAAGAAUUAAGAAAUAAUUUUGAUUUGUAUGAGAAAAAAGGAUUUGAAAAAUGUGGAAUUAAAGAGUAUAAAGACAUAUCGAGUAGAAAGAAAAAAAGAAAAUUGGCUUUUGGAGAAACUCGAGACGCUGAAGCAAAAUUAACUCCAAGAGACAAAUUUAGAAGUCAAAUAUAUAUAUCAAUCAUGGAUUCUCUUAUUUUUGAAUUGAAUAAAAGGAUGAGCGCUUAUGAAGAGAUUAAUAAAAAAAUUUCUUUUUUUUUCGGCUUCAAAUAUUAA